UAUUUUAUAAGCCUUAUCGCUAAUCUUGUAAUGUUCACAUAGUAGCAACUAACAUUCUUAAAGCAUUAUGAUUUAAUUAACAGUCCAGCUUGCCAGUUCUGAGAACUGCAAACAUUUUUCGGUACUGGUGUAAUAUUCAGAAGAUGAGAUUUAUUUAAAACAAACAAACAAACAAACAAACAAAAACCCAUGUGCUUAAAAUGUGAUCUCAAGCUUAUAUUCCUAUCAGUUGUGGGGUGAUUAGCAACAUUACAUAAUGCUAGUGCUAUUUACUGGUUAAUUGCAGUCUUUGGGUAACUGGGGCACGAGAUGAACAAUAUUUAAGUACCUUAACUGCAUUGGAGUAUGUCCUUAUGGAGGACUAGCAGUGAAACUUAAAAAUAAAAUGAAGGGAUAAGUUAUCAAUUUAAUAAUUCAAACAUUAAAUUUGAAAUAAAUUACUUUUAUAUUGACGAAUUAAUAGACAUUUGAAACUUUUAAAAAUAUAUCUUUUAAAAUGUGUUAAAAUUAAUCAUUUUUAAAUUGAAAAAGAAAAAAUGUAGACAAAACAUGCUUUCAUUUAAAAAAUGAUUUAUUUCCAUUUUUAUGUUUGAAUUAUUAAUAAGUUGUCUUUCAUGUCUGUCCUAGUCCUCGGUUUGUGUUGGUUUUUAAAACUACAAUUCCCACAAUGCACUGUUGUACGUGACGUUGCAUACACGCCUAUGAAAACACGAGAGACGUGUAACUUUGACAGUUCCGGGAAAAGCCAGAGGAAUACUUCAGAUUGCACUACUGAAAUUGAAAUAUCAUGUAAUAAAAUAAAGCAAAUUACUCUAUUAAAAAGGUUACAUGUACAAAUCUUUCUAAGAAACUGUUGACAAAUAAGUCAGUAUGUUGAGCCGAUCUAUAGUCGUGCAAAGUCUCAGGAGUAUUAGAGAUAGGUUUUUUGAUACAAGACGACAAAGAAAUGAGCAAAAUGAUGUUCAGGAGACAAGUGAUGACGUCACAGGCCCCUCUCUGGAUAAUCUGUCGGUUGACAUGCAGUUUCUCAUUAUGACCUUUCUGUCUCCGCAAGACCUCUGCAGACUGGGAGGCACCAGUACAUACUGGCGGUCAAUGGUUCGAGACCCUGUCCUGUGGAAGUACUUCCUGUUGCGUGAUAUGCCGCUCUGGCAGUCAGUUGACCAUUUAUCAGUGCCUGAUGUGAAGCUCACUGGCUCAGCUGUGCUGGAUGACUCUCAGAUGCAGUUUGAUUAUAUGGCAGAGUAUCUCCGCAUCUGCCCGGCCUGUCGAAACCAGUGGCGACACCAACCCAGGGCACCGUUUGAGUCUGUGACUUCCUUCUUCCAGUCCCUUGUACCUGUUGCAGAGCCACAGUUCGCCAUGUUCGGCCCGGGUCUUGAGCAGUUGGAGAUUUCCCUCAUGACUACGAUCAUGAACUCCCCUCAUAUACUGCCUAUAGCAGGAAUACCUCAACGUCAGAUUGAUGGCAUUGGAUCUGGAAUCAGUUUUAAGUACAAAGAUCAGCACAGAUUCAAUAUUGCAACUUUAUAUUCGACUAACAGGACGGAGCGAGAAAGAGCUCGCCUGGAGCACCUCAGUCUGCGCAGUAAGCUCUUUGUCUAUCAGGAGGAUAGUGAGUCCAACAUGCCCUUAAGCCUUAACCCAAUGUUUAAUCAAGUUUGCCAAGCCAUGAAUGGAUUCAUCUUUGUGGCAAAUGCUGAGACAGAAAGAGGAGUGGACAGAGGGUGGGAGGAGGAAAGUGCCCAGAUCAGGGUUAUGUUAGACCCUGUGGUGGGUACUGUGUCCCACCCUAUCCUGGUGCUCUCCUGUGUGACCAGGGAGACAGCAGACAGACACAGGAUACCUUGUGUGACCGUUGCCCAUCAGCUUCAGCUCAGUUCACUGCCCAACCCCUGGAUGGUUCAGGACACAACUGCAGAAACACUGACAGGACUGCUGGAUGGCAUUGAUUGGCUGCUGAGGCACUCUGGAGUCAAGCUGUAACUACCAAUAUUGACACGAUGCUGCUGGAUGUACUAUAUUAUAAUAGAGGCCUUUCAAACAUCUUAUUAUCCAAAAGAUACAAAAUACAAGUCGUACGUUUGGUGGUGAUCACAGUCAUACCGUGGAAUUUAUCUACAGUAAAUAAUUCAGUGAACUGAUCUGACGUUUUUAUUCAUUGCACGUUAUACAUUGCACUUUUUAACAAUUGACCUUUUAUUGUUUUUGUCUUAAUGUUGUCUUUUAAUUGACUUGUUAGAAUUUCUUUUUUAAACUGAAACAACACUUUUCAUAUUUGUUUUUUAAACAGAAAUUGUAUUUAUGUAGCAAUAUUACACUUUGUACUAACAAUCAACACAUCUGUGAUUGGACUGUAGGCUGCUAUUAAUCAGAAACAGAACAACAGGAAGGUUAUAAUUGUGAUAUAGAUUUUAUGAAGCGUGCAGUUCAAUAAAGAAGUAGUUAAUAUUAA